GCAACGACGCCGCGUUCAAACUAAGCUACUAAUAAACGCAUCGCAGUUAUUACGCUCUGUUUGGCGCUACAAACGAAAACAAAGAAACCGACAAGCGCUUUAUUCCAGAACAAGAAGGAAACCGAAUGAGAGCAUCAACCUCUUCAAUUCCCAUUCCAUCGUCGUCUUCGCGUUUCUUCAUCAUCUUCUUCCUUCUAUUCGCGCUCCUCGCCCUUCGAUCUUCAUCUGGCGACUGCUCCCACUUCCAACACCAGGCACCGAUGGCCACUGUCGGAGGCGUGCGUGACUCCCCAGGGUCUCAGAAUAGCGUCGACACUGAAUCUCUCGCGCGAUUCGCGGUCGACGAGCACAACAAGAAGCAGAAUUCGCUUCUGGAGUUUGCUAGGGUUGUGAAGGCACAGGAACAGGUUGUUGCUGGUACCAUGCAUCACCUUACUCUCGAGGCUAUUGAGGCUGGUGAGAAGAAGCUCUAUGAAGCUAAGGUAUGGGUGAAACCAUGGCUGAACUUCAAAGAACUUCAAGAGUUCAAGCCUGCCGGUGUUGCAUCACCAUUUACCUCUGCUGACCUUGGUGUCAAAAAGGGUAUGACAUUUUCUAAACCAAGCAUUUGUAAACUUUAUAGGACUAAGAACAGUUCUAUUUAGGAUAUUUAUUAAUUA